GCGGGCUGGUCCGCUGGGCAGUGGACGGUGUCCUCCUCUGAGCGCCGGAGUGGGGCCGGAGGCGGGGCCGGGGCGCGGUGCGGGGACGCCCUGGCCCGCGCUCCUCCGGGCUGCUCUGCGCUCCGUGCCCGCAGGAGGAAGAGACAGGAAGACGAUCAAACAGCAGGAUUAUGGCAGGAAAAGUGAAAUGGGUCACCGACAUCGAGAAGUCAGUGCUGAUAAACAAUUUUGAGAAGAGAGGCUGGAUCCAGGUGACAGAGAGCGAGGACUGGAAUUUCUACUGGCAGCCGGGCCUGGGGAGUGCCCAUGCAGGGAGCAUGCGAGAAGAGAGCCCCCACGGGACAGACAGGCGGCCCAGGGUCCCCGGCACGGACCUCAGAGGAGACCAGAGAAGGAGGGAGAACGGGAUGAGCGUGCAGACCAUCCGGAACGUCUUCAGCGUGGAAACGGGCUACCGGCUCUCAGACGACCAAAUAGUGAACCAUUUCCCCAACCACUAUGAGCUGACCCGCAAGGACCUGAUGGUGAAGAACAUUAAGAGAUACAGGAAAGAGCUGGAGAAAGAAGGGAGUCCGCUGGCAGAAAAGGACGAGAAUGGGAAAUACCUCUACCUGGACUUCGUGCCAGUCACCUACAUGCUGCCGGCGGACUACAACCUGUUCGUGGAGGAGUUCCGGAAGAGCCCCUCCAGCACGUGGAUCAUGAAGCCGUGCGGCAAAGCGCAGGGCAAGGGCAUCUUCCUGAUCAACAAGCUCUCGCAAAUCAAGAAGUGGUCCCGGGACAGCAAGACGUCUUCGUUCGUGUCCCAGUCCACCAAGGAGGCCUACGUGAUCUCGCUCUACAUCAGCAACCCGCUGCUCAUCGGCGGCAGGAAGUUCGACCUGCGCUUGUACGUCUUGGUGUCCACGUACCGCCCGCUGCGCUGCUACAUGUACAAGCUGGGCUUCUGCCGCUUCUGCACCGUGAAGUACACGCCCAGCACCAGUGAGCUGGACAACAUGUUCGUCCACCUCACCAACGUCGCCAUCCAGAAGCACGGGGAGGACUACAACCACAUCCACGGGGGCAAGUGGACCGUGAGCAACCUGCGGCUGUACCUGGAGAGCACCCGGGGCAGGGAGGUGACCAGCAAGCUGUUCGACGAGAUCCACUGGGUCAUCGUGCAGUCCCUGAAGGCCGUGGCGCCCGUGAUGAACAAUGACAAGCACUGCUUCGAGUGCUACGGCUACGACAUCAUCGUGGACGACCGGCUGAAGCCCUGGCUGAUCGAGGUGAACGCGUCCCCGUCCCUGACCUCCAGCACCGCCAAUGACCGGAUCCUGAAGUACAACCUGAUCAACGACACCCUCAACAUUGCGGUCCCCAAUGGCGAAGUCCCGGACUGCAAGUGGAACAAGUCCCCCCCCAAGGAAGUCCUCGGCAACUACGAGAUUCUGUACGACGAGGAGCUGGCGCAGGGCGACGGGGCCGACCGAGAGCUGAGGAGCCGUUCGGGCCAGGCGGCGGGGCCCAAGGGGGGCCGGGCGAGAGACUCUGGGAGAGCCGCCCUCACCACCUGGAAGUGACCCCAGUGAGCGCGGGACCCCAGCCUGGACCCGCCACUCCCUGAAGACCCAUUUUGAAAUUUCCUUUUUCUAGAGCUUUUUUUUUUUUUUCCUUUCCUACGCCGUGUAAAUAAA